GGAUGUGGCACCGGCCCUGGGUAUGCAACACCUCUGGACGCCAUGAAAGGUCCCAGGGAGAGACUCAUCUAUGUUCCUUGCAUCUUAACUGGCUCCGGCGUCCAAGCACCUGACUACCUGGCCACAGUAGACGUGGAUCCGGAAUCUCCAUGUUAUUGCCAGGUGAUCCACCGCCUGCCCAUGCCUUACAUCAACGAUGACCUCCACCAUUGUGGGUGGAAUGCCUGCAGCAGCUGCUUUGGGGACACCACCAAGAAGCGGAACCGGCUGAUCUUCCCUUGUCUUGGAUCCUCUCGCAUUUACGUGGUGGACACUGGGACCGAUGAGCGGGCCCCCGGGCUCCACAAGGUGAUUGAACCAAGGGAAAUUUUCCGGAAAUGUGGCCUGGCUUACCUACAUACCUCUCACUGCCUGGGCAGCGGGGAAGUCAUGAUCAGCGCGAUAGGGGACCCGUGCGGCAACGCAAAAGGUGGCUUCGUCCUUCUGGAUGCAGAGACCUUUGAAGUGGAGGGGAUCUGGGAGAGACCCAGUCAAGCAGCCCCCAAAGGGUACGAUUUCUGGUACCAGCCAAGGCACAACGUCAUGAUCAGCACUGACUGGGGAGUGCCAAAAUUCUUUCUUAACGGGUUCAACCCAGCUGACCUGGGGAAAGGGAUUUACGGUCGUUACCUGAACAUCUGGGACUGGACAACCCACUGCCUUCUUCAGUCGAUUGAUUUAGGGGCGGAUUCUGUCCCGUUCAAAAUCCUGUUCCUGCACAACCCCAACGCUGCGCAUGGAAUGGUGUGCUGCGCACUGCAGAGCUCCAUCCAUCACUUCUUCAAGACAGAGGAUGGAUGUUGGACUGCAGAGAAAGUGAUCCAGAUUCCAAACAAGAAAGUAUCGGGAUGGAUGUUACCUGAAAUGUUAGGUUUCUGCAGUGACAUUGUCAUUUCAUUGGAUGACCGAUACCUGUACAUGAGCAACUUCAUACACGGCAACGUCCGUCAGUAUGACAUCACUAACCCUCACUGCCCCAGGCUGGUUGGUCAGGUGUUUUUGGGCGGCAGCAUCCCCAAAGGCGGGGUGGUCACCGUCCUUGAAGACCAAGAGCUGAACUGCCAACCUGAUCCUUUUAUAAUCCAAGGAAGGAGAGUCUAUGGGGGACCCCAAAUGCUUCAGCUCAGCUUGGAUGGCUGCAGACUUUAUGUUACCAAUACCCUCUACACUCCUUGGGACAAACAGUUUUACCCUGAACUGGUCAGGGAAGGUUCCGUCAUGAUACAGAUCGACGUGGACACUGAACAGGGGGGCCUGUGUGUGAACGAGGACUUCCUGGUGGAUUUUGGGAAGGAACCCUAUGGGCCUGCCCGUGCUCACGAGAUGCGCUAUCCCGGGGGAGACUGCACCUCGGAUAUCUGGGUUUAG